AUGUUAUUUAUUUGGAAAUUACUACUAGUUACUUACUUGUUUAUUCUUCGAACAAGUGCCAUUGAAGUUUAUGAUAAUCGUGUCGAUCGAGGUGUUUUUGAUAUUCAAUUUGGUGAUAUUAAGAUUUAUCCAGGUGCAACUUGGUCACUUAUUGAUCGUGCAAUAUCUGCUUUUGUCGGUGAAUUACAGGUGGAACGUGAUGCUGGGUUUUAUAUCACGCUGACAAAUCCAUGGAUUGGUCUUGAAGUUGGUUUUACUUCACUUCAUAAAUCCAUUGUUAAUCAUGGGGUAAUUGCUUUUAAUUCAGUGGUAUCUUUAGUUAAAUCAUCUUAUGAUUUAGCUGGGUAUUCUUUUACUAAUCAUGGUGAAAUGUAUUUUGGUGCAUCGGGUUCUCUCUCAGGGAAAAUGGGUAUAACCGCAGAACAUUGGACAAAUAAUGGUUUAAUUGUUUUUUAUCAAAAUCAAAGAUCUUCAGGUUCUGUUAAAUUGGGUAGAGCCUUGGGUUCAAUUACGAAUAAUGGACAAAUUUGUUUUUUCCACCAAGUCUUCAGUCCGAAUACUGAUAUUGUUGGUAAUGGUUGUAUUACUGCCCAAGAAGCUUCUACCAUUUAUAUUCCAAGUGCUGCUCAAUCUUUCGAUGCGAUGCAAAGUAUUUACCUCGCUGAUAGUAAAUCAUCCAUCAUUGUUAAAGCAAUUUCAACCCCGCAAACAUUUGAUGUUUAUGGUUUCGGUAAUGGAAACAAAAUUGGGUUAACAGUUCCUCUUGUUGGUUUACCACUUGUUGGAAGUGCAUUCUCGUAUAGUACGAAAACUGGUAUUUUAACUUUAAGAUCUAUUGCACUUACUCAACAUUUCAAUAUUGGUCCUGGAUAUGAUCCACAUAGAUUUAAAAUUGUAACUGAUUCUGGUGAAGGUCUUCCAAGUACAAUUAAUGGUAGUGUUCAAUAUGAUGGUCCUGUACCAAAAAGAAUGAUUCCUAAAAAUUGUCGUGCUGAAUGUAAACCACUUCCACAAGCUCCAGGUACUGAACCAACAAGAUUUCUUACAACCGUGGUACUCACUGCUCAUGAUGAACCUGAUACUAGAUCUGGAAUUGUUGAUAUUACUACCAACACUAAAGGUGAAUGGUAUACUACAACUUCUUUAUACCCAAAAAUGACAACCAAAGAAAAUACCAAACCGGCUGCCACUGCUGUUAAUCAACAACAACAGCAGACUGCUACCACUACCAAAAUACAACCAGAUUCCCAAGUAGAUAUUGGCAUUGUCGUCGAACCAGAAGAAACAGAAUUAGUAUACCCACUUGUUGAGAAUCCAUUUUCGGGAAGUCUGAUGGUUAUGAUUUCUUCUACAGAUGAACCUACUGAUACUAUUUUUGAAACCAGUGUUCCAACUGUUGCUGAACCUGUUCCAGAGUCUAACAUUGAGACAAAUAUAUAUCAAUCCAAUGUUGAUGAAUCCAAUGCUUUGGAUUCCAGUGAUAUUCAAUCUGAUAUGUUUUCUUCCUCCGGUAUCAACAAUCCAGCAACUGUUUCCACUACAGAGAAAAAUUUUGGUCUGCAAAGUUUAGGUAGUUCUAAUGUUUAUAAAUCAAGUGCUGUUGAUUAUGAAUAUAGUUCCAGUGUUGGUAUCAUGGAAUCUAGUAUUGAUGCAGAAGAAUCACAAGUUAUUAAUUCUGAAUCUAGUAUUGCAGAAGCUAGCAAUUUAGAAAAUGGUCCACUUUCGUUUAUUGCACCCUCGGAGGCUAUCAUAAUAUCAUCCGUUGAAUCACAAUAUUCAGAAUCUCAAUAUCACCAAGCACAACCAUCUGCUGCUUUGGAAUCCACCAAACCUGAUACGUUUGAGCCAGCCAAUCUAGAAUUUUCUCACAGACCCGGAUCUCCAUUUGGUGAGCCAGGUUUUCCAUUUCAACAAGGUGAAGUCAUGAAGUAUACCACUACUUGGGAAGUUACAAAUAUGGCAGGAGAAGUCACAACAGAAUCAGGAGUUGUCAGUAAGAGUGGAAACAUUGAAUCCACAAUAACAACAUUCCCACCAGUGCACCAAACACAAUAUACUAAGACUUGGGAAGUUGUAAACUCAGCUGGUUUGGUCGUUACUGAAUCUGGAAUAGUCAACGAAUCUGGUUCUCAAAUUGAUACAAUUACUACUUUCCCACCAGAAUUACAAACACAAUAUACCACAACAUGGGGAGUUAUCAAUUCUGAUGGUUCUGAGUCAAGUGAAUCUGGUAUAGUUGUUCAAUUGGGUAAUUCAUACACCACAAUUACAACUUUCCCUCCACAACUACAAACACAAUACACUACAACUUGGGAAGUCACUAAUUCUGAAAGAUCAAUUUGGAGUGAAUCAGGAAUUGUUAGUCAAUCGGGUAACUCCGUGUCAACAGUUACAACUUUCCCACAAGAAUUAAAAACACAAUAUACUAGUACUUGGGAAGUAACCAAUUCUGAUGGUUCAGUUUCCAGCCAAUCUGGUGUUGUUAGUCAAUCUGGAAAUCAUGUUACAACAGUCAGCACAUUCCCACCAUUAUUUCAAACAAAAUUUACUACAACAUGGGAAGUUACUAAUUCAGAUGGGGUAAUUUGGAGUGAAUCUGGUAUUGUUAGUCAAUUUGGUAAUUCUAUGUCAAUUAUCACUACUUUCCCACAUGAACAUAAAAUUGUUUCCCCUACUGUUUCACAAUUGAUCAUGUCUGACGCCGACAAUAAACCUUCUGAAUCUGGUGGUGUAAGUAAGCCUUGUGAAUCUGAUACCGAAAACCAACCAUGUAAUUCGGGCGUAUCAAGUGAGACUUGUGAAACUAUUUCAUCAAGUGAGUCUUGUGAAACUAUCUCAUCAAGUGAAGAUUGCGAGUCUAUAUCAAUAAACAGUAGCUUACUGACAAAAUGCACUGAUGAUUGGGAUAGUGCAAGUGAAAGUUCAAUUUUGUGUAAUUCCAAUAUUAUCAGUGGUACCUGUCCAGAAACUGAUACUAUCACUCAACCAUGUCAUCAAACUCAAUAUAUUUCAACCUGGGAGGUAACCAAAUCAGAUGGUUUUAUUUCAAGUUUAUCUGGUAUUAUUAGUGAAUCUGGUUCUUUUGUGACAACAAUUACUACAUUCCCACCUCAAUUUGAUAUUACAUUGGGAAUGAUUCCUGAAACAAUAAAAACUGAUGGAUAUACUACUAGUGAAUUAUUCGAUGUUAGUGAAUCGGAAGCUGCUGUUCAAUCCGGAGUUAUUAGUCAACUGAGUAUUGUUUAUGAAUCGAAUAUUGUUGGUAAUCUGGAUUCUAGUUGCAAAUCAGAGGUUGUUGGUUAUUCUAGUACCCCUUGUAACACAGAUAUUGUCAGUCAAUCUGAUUUUGCGUGUCAAUCAGAUCCUGCUUCUCAAUCCGAUCCUGCUUGUGAAUCAGAUAGUACAGCUAGCAGACCUUGUGAAUCAGAUAGUGCUGUUAGCAAACCUUGUGAUUCUGAUUCUAGUAUCAAUGAAGCUACACUGAAUAUCCAAACCCAGUAUACCACCACUUGGGAAAUUACCAAUUCCGAUGGUUCUAUAUCAACAGAAUCUGGAAUAGUUAGUCAAUCAGGUAUUUAUUUAUCGACUAUUACUACAUUCCCACCCGAACACCAAAUCCAGUAUACUAAAACAUGGGAAGUAACUGAUAUUCAUGGUUCUGUAUUCCAAGAAUCUGGUAUUGUCAGUGAAUCCGGAAAAUCAUUUACUACCAUCACCACUUUUCCACGUCAAGAAACAGACGAAGAAAUGUCAAGUACUGAAUAUACUACAACUUUUGUAACUACCAAUCUGGAAGGUGAGAAUUUCACAGCAACUGGAGUUAUCAUUGUUGCUACUGAUGAAGAAAAUUCAUGGUAUAGUAAAACAUAUAUUUUACCAACAGCAUGUGAAGCACAAAAUUGUAUACUUAGUGAAGUUGUUGUAUCAACAGAUGGUGAUGAACAUACAAAAGGUAUAACAGAAAUUGAUUGUAGUAGUGAAACAGAUGAUCCAACAUGCUCAUAUUUUGUUCUUACUACUUUUGAAACUCAUUCAGUUUAUGGUCCUUUAACUUCUGGUGAACCUGGAGUUUCAACCCUUGGUAAUAUUGCCAAUAUUCUUAAAACAACAUUAAUUGAAUGGGUUAUUUCGAUAUUAAUUUUAAUUAUGUGA